AUCAGAGCACACUUCUCGCCCGCGUAGUGUCGCGGGAUCUGCCGCACACUGAAAGAAGUUAGCAAGCAGGAAGGAUGGACUUCCUCAUCUGAAGGAUUUGUGGUUUAUUUCAUUACUAUCAAGUGGACAAGCAUCAAUAUGUCUCACAUUCUGACCAAGGAAAAGCUGGAUGAGCAAUUUGAACUGUUCUUGAAGGAGUCUGUUUCAGAUGACUCUGCGGAUUUGUGUGACAAGCAGCCCAAUUAUAAAGGCAGUGACCCACCCCAGAAAGCAACAUUAUCACCGUGGAACGAUGGGGAUCUUGAACACGGUGAUGAAAUGGCAACAGUGAUGGCCAAAAGCCGAUUCCUUAAAACCAAAAAGCCCCAAACGGAGAAUGAAGAUGAGAGAGGACUGUUUGGAUCUAAUAAAACUGUAAAGAAGUAUUUGACGAAGUCUCAGGCAGUUGAAGAAGAGGAUGAUGAUAAUUCAGGAAAGACUGAUUUGAAGGGUAAAAUUCCUCUAACCGGAGAGAGUUCAAAAGCAGAAGCCGUCAACGAGAGCGUGGGAGUGGACACUUUGGUGGAAGAUGAGGAAAAAGCCAAGUUUUUUGGCCAGUUGGAGACAGGUGCUUCGUCAAAUAUAGAUUACAGGCAGCUGAACAAAGAGAUGGACAUUACAAGUUCUACCACCGCUAGUUACCUCAGGAUUGCAGAGGAGUCAGUUUAUCGUAGUGAUGAUGAAGGAAAGGAUGACUCCCCUUGUAUGCAACACUACAGUGACGAUUUUGAAGAUGAGGAUGUGGAAAGAAAGAAAUUGAGAAUGUCUCCAAUCAUUGGAAAAGUUUCUUUUGAUGGCGACUUAAAAGGACAGCUAGAAGACAGAGGGAAAGAAGUACAAGAAUCUCUGGACAGAGCAGGCCCGUCCUACGCCCAGACGGCAGGCUCAGAUAUGGAAGCUCUUCACAGUGCCUACAGACACAUUAAUACUGGCGAGGAUUUAGAUGAUCUUAAACAUUAUCCACCGCUGGACAAGAAUGAGAGCAUCAACAGGCCAACUCUGCCUUCCCAACAGGCCAUGGAGUCGCUUCCUUUUACCAACGAGUCUGACUUAUCCACUGCAGAAGAACUGAUGAGACCCAUCCGCCCAGUCAGUGCUGCGGAACAUGGCGUGGGGGAAAACGUCUAUCCAUUAGACAGAACUUUUUCUGUUACCCAAAAUAUGAAACCGAAGGAAAAAUUGGAGAAGGCUGAAACUGUGAAAUGUAAAGGAGGCAAGACUUUGGAAAACCAUCAAGCCAGCCACCCAGAACAUCUUAAACUUGGAUUGACGUGGAACAUCAGAGAAGAAGUGGACAGACUGAUGGAGGAACAGACCACGCGUCCCGCUCCCACAGCCUCUCACACAAACAAAACAAAGAAACAGCCUACCCGCCGUGGCUGUCACAGUAAUUCUGUCUCGGCAUCGUCAGCAAGGAAGCCCGUUGUGGUGACUCCACGAGCCCAGAAAGAUAACAGUAAAAGACCGAAAGGAGUGACUAAAAACACUAAUGCAGCCAAAACCCAGUCUUCGGUUUCCCGAGUCAUGAAGCCGAGCCUCGUAACUGCAAAGAAAAAAGAAAAGGAAGACAAUCACAUAGACCCAGGUGUGAAUGCUAGCAGUGACCUUGUAGUGUCUGUCCAGUCAUUAGUGGAUGUCCUUAAACAGCAGAUGGGCUCAGGCAGUCGCCAGGAAGUUACAGACGGACAGGACUGCAACGUGCAUGCAUGUCAUGAAAAUGACAUUUCUGUGGUGGAAGAACUGAGAGACCAGCUGGCCCAGAAAGUGAAGGAACUGCAAAUAAUGAAGAAAGAAGCAGAUGAGCUUAAAUCUGUCCAACAGGAAAACUAUUGUCUGCAGAGCAAGUUGCAGGUUGCAGAAGAAGCCAAUAAAAAGAUGAGACUGACAAAUACCACAGAUCCUACGACCGAGAAAAGCCUCCAGCAGAUUCAUAAAGAAAUACAAGAGCAGGAGACUAUCAUUCAAGGCUACCAGCAGGAAAAUGAGAAGCUAUACUCGCAGAUGAAGGCUCAGCAGGCCAAGAGCAAAGCCAAUGAACACGCCAUGUUUAAGGAAAACCAACGACUGCUCAGUGAGCUUGUUUUCACAAGGGAGCAGCUCAGUAAAUCAUCAUGCUCGUUGGAUCAACGUAUUAAAGAUCUUUUAGCUCACAUCAAUACAUCCCAGAUGAAUGAAGCCAAACUUUCUGAGGACAUUCACAGGCUGAAGCAGGAGAACCAGGCCCAGCUGGUCGACAUGGAGCUAAUCAGGAAGGAGCGAGAUGUGGCAAAAUUGCAAAGCAUGUCCACCGCUGGUGGUGUUCCAGAGGACAAGCUCAGAAUGGAAGUUGCAGCACUAAAGAAGGAGCUGGAUGAAAACCAGGAAGUGCGUGCCAGAGAUGGAGAGCGACUGAAGGCUGCAACAGUUGAGAUUCAGCUUCUCAAAAAGCAGGUUGACAAAAUGAAAGCGGAAGUUGGCAAAAGAAGUAGUGUGGGACAGAAAAAAGUCAGAGAGAAACCAAUGGACAUUAAAAGAAUGCAGGACUUAGAGCGACAGGUGAAGCAGCUGGAACAGAUGCUAAGAUGCAAGAACCCAAGCUUGUCAGCUGUAAUGUAUAAUCAAGAGAAUGUUGCCACCGGUAGAAAAUCAGCAUCCAGCUGCAUCAACACCCUGCUUGAACGUAGGAUACAACGUAUUGAGGCAGAGAUGGAGACCCGUGAUGAAGAGGCCAAACAAAACCUAAAGGAGAUGGAGCAGCAGUUCCAAAAAACCAAGCGGCAAUACGAACAUCGGAUCUCUGAGUUGGAGCAGCAGCUGAAGAGCAAAGAAGAGUUAGCAGCGGCGGCGGCAUGUACUACUGAGUCAUGGAUGCUACAGAUAGAAAAAAUGAAUGUUGAGCUUGAGCACAUCAAGGAAGCACAUGAGCAGAAGGAAAACAUUCUCCAGGAGCAGAUUGAAACUCUGAAGAAGCAACUGAAACACAAGGCUCUGUCAAGCCCAGGACGACAUCAGCAACUUGCUAAGGAAGCACAUGGUUUCCGCAUAACCCAGCUCAACCAAAAACUUGCUCUUAAAACACGAGCUAUUCAGGAGUUAACCCGAACUGUGGAGAGACUGCAGAAAGAGAGAAGGAACAUGCUUUGUGGCCCCGGCUUAGGAUGUGACGCUCGCUCUUCAGAGACCAAACAACUAUCCCCGAUCAAAUCAGCUUGCUCUGAUGCUGCAGGAUACUUGGAUGGAUUGGAGGAAGCAUUCCCAGCUGCCCACAGUGAGAAGACUUAUCAGCCUACUGCCUUUACAGGAAGUCACAUCUCAGAGGUGCUGCAGGAGAACGAGGCUCUUCGAGAGCAUCUGAAGCGGUUUGAACUGAACAACGAGCGAGAAAAAGAAGAACUGAAAUCAGAUGUUGUAAAAGCCAAGGAAGAGCUGUGCAGGCAAAAAGAUCUCUUCUCGAAUCAGAUUUCCUCUCUGAAGGCAGAGCAUCUCAAGGCUUUGGACCAAAUGAGUGCCACUUACGCUACAGAGCACUCAUCUUCAAAGGUUGCCCAUCUUACCAAUGCACUGAAUACUCGGGAGAUAAUGGUGAAGCUUUUGCAGGACCAGCUGAAAGAGCUGCAAGGGGCUAAAGAAGCGCUGGCGGUAUCCAAAACUCGAGAGGGAGCUUUGGAGACUCAGUUAAGCAGACUGUUAAAAGAACUGAAGGAUGCCAAAGAUGCCCAGAGUCCAGAAGUGAAACUUCUGUGUAGCUUGGAGACCAAGAUUAUCAGCAUGGAGCAGAGACACCAACACAGAGAGAAAGAGCUACAGCAGGUCAUUGGAGGUUCAUGGCUGGAGGGUGAUCAGCAGUCAAAGGUGGAUCACUGGAAAAGUCUUGCAUUGGAUAAAGCCAGAGAGCUGGAAGCAUUCCGCUUGGAGUUAGACUCCAUUCUGGAUAUCAUAAAACAUCUACAAAAACAAGGCAUGAUUCUGCCCACAUCUUGACCUGACAAUAUUUAUAUAAAUAACACUAAAACCCACAAUGGCCAUCCAUCUAUUUAUUAUACUGCUUAUCCCCAUUAGAGUGGCAGGGGUAUGCUGAAACCUAUCCCAGCUGACUUUGGGGGAGAGGCAGGGUACACCCUGGUCCAAAAUCCACUGUAAUAAUAAUGUUUUGGACUCGUGACUCAUGAACCUGUAUGUAUAUAUUUUUUAGAUUCUGUGUAAUUUAAAGAAAAUAAA